UAUUUCAGUGUGUAUUCCAGGCACGCCAAGCACGAUGUGGAACUUACAUCCCUCAUGGUCCUGGUUAUCUGGAGAUUUCUGUCAGUUUUUCUACCUAAUCAGUUCCAUUGUUCUCACAUAUGUGAUUCUAAAAGCCAUCCAGCUAUUUAAGAAAAGACAAGAAAUGGUCAAGACAUUAAGGAAUUUCCCUGGACCUCCCCCUCAUUGGUUGUAUGGACAUGCGAAGAUGAUCAAACCUGGGGAAGAUGUGAAAAAUCUAGUAAAAUGGACAAAAGAGUUUCCACGAAGCUUCCCUAUUUACUUUGGACCUUUCAUGAUCUUCUUGUGUAUCAACCAUCCUGAGCAUGCCAAAAUGGUGUACAGCAGAGGCGAUCCUAAAAGUCUUAUCACUUACAACUUCUUAGUUCCCUGGAUUGGAAGAGGGUUGCUAGUCCUGAAUGGGCCAAAGUGGCAGCAACAUCGGAAGCUGCUGACUCCAGGAUUCCACUAUGAGAUCCUGAAGCCAUAUGUGGCUCUAAUGGCAGAUUCAGUCAAAGUGAUGCUGAGUAAAUGGGAGAAGCUAGUGCAAGAAAACAAAGCAACGUCAGUAGAGAUGUUUGAACAUGUCAGCCUGUUGACCCUUGAUAGCAUCAUGAAAUGUGCCUUCAGCUGCCAGAGCAACUGCCAGACAGAUAGGGAUAACCCCUACAUUAAAACGGUGAUUGAGCUAGGCUUCCUUGUGUUUGAGAGACUGAGGACACCUCUAUAUCACAAUGAUUUCUGUUAUCACCUAACUUUUCAAGGGCGUCAGUUCCACAAAGCCUGUAGAUUAGCUCAUCUCCACACAGACAGCGUAAUUAGAGAGAGAAAGAAAUCCCUCAAGAAUGAACAAGAACUUGAGAAGAUUCUGAAGAAGCGGCGUCUCGACUUUUUAGACAUCCUUCUUUGUGCAAAAGAUGAGAAGGGAAAUGGAUUGUCUGAUGAAGACCUACGUGCUGAAGUGGACACUUUCAUGUUUGAGGGUCAUGAUACUACUGCCAGUGGGAUCUGUUGGCUUUUCUACUGUAUGGCUCAGAACCCUGAGUACCAACAAAGAUGCAGGGAAGAGACAAAGGAGUUCCUUGGGCAAGGAAAGAAUAUCCAAUGGGAUGAUCUUGGGAAGAUGCCAUAUACCACCAUGUGUAUUAAAGAAAGUCUUCGACUUUACCCUCCAGUUCCUCUAAUAGCUCGGGUCUUGAACUCACCAGUAACGUUUGAUGAUGGAUGCACCUUGCCAUCAGGUUCCCUGAUUGGAUUGAAUAUAUUUGGUCUCCAUAGAAACCCGGAAGCAUGGGACAAUCCUCAUGUAUUUGAACCUCUGAGAUUUUCUCCAGAAAACUCAUCUGGUCGCCAUCCAUAUGCUUUCCUCCCGUUUUCUGCUGGCCCAAGGAACUGCAUUGGACAGCAAUUUGCUAUGAUGGAGAUGAAAAUAAUUCUUGCCUUGACUUUACUCCAGUAUGAACUCUUGGAGGACCCAGCAAAUCCUCCAGUUCCUGUCAUUCAGAUUGUUACGCGUUCCAAGAAUGGGAUACACCUAAAGCUGAAAAAACUCUGUUCUUCAUGAAAUGAAAAAUAAAUCCAGCAUAGGAAAAAACAGUAUGUGAUGUUAUACUGGGCAUUAGAUUCUUUCUAACAAAUUGCCAAAGAACAAAAUCAGCACUAACAAUAACAUAGGAUCAUAAUUAUCUAGAAAUAAUAAAAGGAGGAAUAAAGAUUCACUAACGGGGUUGGAAAACUAUUUCAAAGAUUUAUGUUAAAAAAAUGGCAGCUUUGGAUUAAUUAUGUGGCCAAAAGUUGUGACAUAAACAUUAUGCCAGUGGAUUACUAAAUAUGAUUAUUAAUUCUGUUUAUUCUUUUGUUUUUCCUCUUUUGAUGACUAAGUAUGAAGGUGGUGAGUGGUUCCCCCUAAAAUUAAGUAUAACCAACAAGGAAGCUUAAUGGGUUUAACAAUCUGUAUUUGUAAUUGUUGCAGUUAAUGGGUUUGUUUUAUUUCUAGGUGGAAAAAGAUUUCUCUUUGUUCAUUCUAUAUUUUACCCUGUUAGCUAUAACUUAGUUUAAAUAACAGUAAUUGAGGUUUUGGAGGGGAAGUUCUAGAUACUUAGAAGGGAAGGGAGUGGAAAGGGUGGUAUGGGAGGGUGUGGGAGGGAUUAUAAAUUGAUUUUCUGUUAGAUUAAUGGGGGGUAGAGAUAGAAGGGUGUAGGUUGAGUAACCAUGAAAACACUGGGUAAAGAUUUGAGUUUAUGCUACUUAUAUAAGGAUUUAUAUUAAUUGGUAGAUAAGUUGCCUUUAUAUGUUAUACAUGCUCAGUUGUUUUGUGAAUGUAUUUCACCCCCUACUCUAAGUUGUAUUUGUAUUAUUGAAAAUUCAUUAAAUAAUUUUUAAAAAAAGAAAAAUAUUUCAAAGAUUUAGAUAUGAAUAUAAGAAUAUUAUUAGUCUAAUACUAUAUUAGUUUGCAGCAUUCGAGACCAUUGCACCUGAGGUCAAUUGAUAUACAAUGGCACAGGAUGGCCUAUUAGAGUUGGUGUUAGACAGUUUCAUCCUUUCUUCACUUUUCUGGAUGUGCAUGUCCUGGACCUUCCCACUCUCAUCCAAUUUAUACAAUCUCAGAAGUCAUGAAAGGAAAAAAAAUCUGUUUUAUUUCUGAAAUGUUAAAAUAGAUCCCCUCUGGACUUUCAGACUCCUAUAAAAUGAACUGAUUUCCUUGAAGCUCAUGCUUGGGCCCUGUGGAUAUGAUUGCUGACCAGCUGGGUGGGUGGGAAAGCAUAGCCAAGCUUGCUUCAUCAUGUAAAGAACUGGAAGUGAGAGGAGGGACUAAAUCCAGUGGACUAAAGAACUAGUGGGCUGCAUCAGCAAAAAUAGUAUUUUUUGGAUUUUGGUAUAUUGGAGUUGAAAAAUAUCAGUGUUCCACUUUGGUAUUUGAAUGCAGGUUUUAUUCUGGAAUCUGAAUUUAUUCAUCUCCAUUGUAGUGUGUGGGUAAGUUGCCUGGGGGUCUGGGUCAUU